AUGAUAGGAAGAUUAGUGCCAACUCCUGGGGAAGGUGCUGAUGCAAUGACAGGUGAUGGACUAGGGUUGGGUGCAUCAACUGGGGAUGGGGCAGAAGUGGUUGUAGGUGUAAUAUUAUUUGUAUGGGCAUGUAUAUUCUCAGCACCUACAGAUGAAGAAGGCAUUGUAGUGUUUAGAGCACAGCAAGCCCAUGUGAGCCAUGGGGCUGUGGAGCGUGGUGGGGAUGUUGGGAUCUAA